CUUUCAAUCUUUUUUUGCCAAAAAUCCUGGAAUUUGAGGAUGUCAGCGGAAAAUCCAGGCUACCAGGAGUUCAAGUUAGAUGUAGAUUGUGAGCUGAGAUUUGAAAUUGAGACCAAAGAUCAAAAAGCAACAGUGGAACUUAUUUCCGGCCAUGCAGAGCUCUUUGGUACGGAAUUGGUCAAGGGGAAGCCGUAUGAGUUUACAACGGGUGCCAAAGUGGCGAUAUUCACUUACCAUGGCUGUACAGUGCAUCUCAGGGGGAAGACAGAUGUCAGCUACGUUGCCAGGGAGACUCCAAUGAUCCAGUAUCUCAAUUGUCACUCAGCUCUGGAGGAUAUGCGUGUGAAAUCCGAGGACAAUGGAUCCAAUGGACCAAUUGUGAUGAUCGUAGGGCCCACAGAUGUGGGGAAGACGACACUUUGCCGGAUUCUCCUGAACUACGCCGUGAGACAAGGUAGGUGCCCCCUUUAUGUUGAUCUAGACCCUGGGCAGGGGAGUGUGUCAAUCCCUGGGACAAUUGGAGCACUGUUGGUUGAGAGACCAGCAACAGUUGAGGAGGGAUUCUCCCAGAAAGCUCCCCUUGUCUAUCACUUCGGGCACAAAUCUCCUGGAGACAAUGAUGUCCUCUACCAAACUGUCAUCUCGAAGUUGGCAGAGGUUGUCCUCGAUGCCCUCAAAGCUAAUAAGCGUGCCAAAGUAUCCGGGGUGGUUAUCAACACUUGCGGAUGGGUUAAAGGUGCCGGCUAUCGGCAUUUGCUCCAUGCAGCCAAGGAAUUCGAAGUUGGAGCAGUAUUUGUCAUUGACCAGGAACGCCUGUACAAUGAGCUCCUCCGGGACAUGCCGAACUUUGUCAAAGUGGUUUUCCUGCCCAAAAGCGGAGGAGUCGUGGAGCGGAGCAAAGCUGCUCGGGCAGAAACUCGAGAUCUCCGGAUCCGGGAAUAUUUCUACGGGCAAAAAUCUCCCCUCUAUCCCCAUUCCUUCGACGUGAAAUUCAGCGAGAUGAAGGUCUUCAAAAUUGGAGCUCCCUCUCUGCCGGACUCCUGCAUGCCGCUGGGCAUGAAAGCCGAGGACAACAUGACAAAGCUCGUGGCUGUUCAGCCUGGACACAAUCUCCUCCAUCACAUCCUGGCUGUUAGCUUUGCAGAAUCCGCAGAAGAUGAAGUUAUUCUGACGAAUGUGGCGGGAUUUGUUUGCGUUGAGAAUGUCGAUAUGGAGCGACAAGUCGUGACCAUCCUCUCACCGCAGCCCAGGCCGCUUCCUAACACAGUGCUCCUGAUCUCUGAACUCCAGUUCGUCGAUAAUCACUGAAUCUGAAAUACAGAUAAGUAAUCUGUAUAUUUUUCUUAUUAGAAAUAAACCUGUUCUUAAGUUUA